AUGAAGCGAUUCGCGUUCUCAGUGCUAGUUGUCCUACCGCUCGCCUGCUUUUGGGUCCUGCAAGCGGAAGACAGUCCUGAAGGUGAGCGGACCACUCAAGAAAAGCCUCAUUCCUGAGCCUCAGCAGGUCCUGAAAUCCGCAGCGCCAACGAGACAGUGUCGCGUGCCAAGAGACAGUUCGGCUGUCCCGCCAACUGCUACUCGUCCUGCUCCAACUCCCAGCAGUGCCAGCAGUACUCCGUUUCCGCAGUCUGCGUCCAGGGAUGCUGCUGUCCUUCAGGCAACAACCUUGCCAGUGAGUAUCCUUUUUUUGAAUACCACUAGGCUGGUGGGAAAAAAAAAAUUCUACACGGCCUAGAUGCUUUUCGAGAAUUUUUUGUUCUGCGUUUUUGAGAUUUGGAUUUUUUCAAAAUUCAGCGAGCUGCAAACUCAAAAUUUUUUCAGUUGUAAUGUUAAUUUGGACAGAAAAUUGGAUCUAAAAAAAUUGAGAGCGUUUUGAAAAUACGAAAUCUGGUUUUUUGUUAAACAUAUCUCGUUCUCCGCAAAUCUUGAGAUAUGCGCUUGAAUAUACUGAAAUCUUCAUGGAAAGGCUUCUUGUUCUUUGAAAAAUAACUUUGAACUUGUUUUUUCUGAGAUAUCAGAAAAAUAUAUACUGAUAGAUAGGUAACUAGCUUCGAAGAAAAAGCGUCGAGGAACGCCUGAGGGUUUCGAUUAUGCGAAGUAGAGUCCACAUUGCUACGUCAUGUUUGCGAAGCUCGAGGGACACAGCCACAAACAACGGAAACGAGGAAAGAGUGAACUCAAUCAUUUUGGUCGUUUCUCCUUAGCGCCCUGUAAUGUUUGUCGAUUCUUAGAAAGGUUGACCGCUUGGCUGCGCGGCUUCGACGUAAAUGGGGACAGUUCAGUAGUCUUCUUUCCUAAUUGAGCCUAUUUUUAACGUGGUUUUCCCCAAAACUCAGAAUCUGUUUAAAUCAUCCUCCAAUGAUUUUUUUUUUUGAUUUUUUUCUUUACUGAUGAGAUGAGGCCGUUAAUGAAGCCGUCUUAGGGGAAAAAAAUCAACAGAUGCUUCUGAAACUUUCUGCCUUACCAGUUCAAAACCAGAUCAAUUGGAAUGGCUUAAUAAUAGGUUCAUUCAAUGCUUCAGGACAAACAUUCUAAAUGACUGGAUUCCGAUCGUAAAUAAGGUGUAUUUUUCAAAAUCUAAUUGAGAAAACAUGAGUUUCAAUGAAUUCUAGUACUAAGAUGUAUACGUUCAAGAGGCGACCGAACAAAAAAAUUGAAACGAAGAAAAAAUUGGAAAAUAUUUCUGACCGGUUCUGCUGAAGGAAGUUGAUAAUUAACCUAGCCGGGAAAAACAUCAUUUGAAGGGUGAAUUUUCAGCCGCUUGCUCCGGAGGUCCGGCAGUUGCUGCCUGCUUGGGCGGUCUCUGCGGCCAGGGCUACUUCUGCUCUUCCAACAACUUCUGCUGCCGUUGCCAGUCCGGAAACGCCACUGGUCAGUGUCCUUCUUCCAGCUUUCGCUAUCAAAAAAAAAACUGGUCUGGAAAUCGCUGACCUUCAGGCGAGUGCGUGAACCAGCAGUGUCCCGUUGGCUACCUCUGCAACACCAACAACUACUGCUGUCCUCUUGGCUCCGGCGCCGUUCUCGGCUCCUGCGUCAGCGGCCUCUGUCCCACCGGAUUCACUUGCGGAGCCGGCAACCUUUGCUAUUUGAGCACCGGCAAGUAA